UAUGGUGUAGUAGUCAGUAGAAACAGAGCUAUUUGCAUUCAGCCACCUUUAAUGGUAGAAGGUUACGUUAGGCUGGAAAUUGCUAUUGACCUGGAACUUAUAAAUGGAAAGGGAGAUACUAUGUUGAAAAUCCUGCUAGUGCAGCCCAGAAAAUUUACUUCAAAGAUAUGAAGGUCCAUGACAAAUCACCUGCAGAAAUCAAAAUAACAUGGGAAAAGUACAAUUUAACUACCAACGAUAACGCAAAUAUUAGGAUAUCAUUAUGGGGUUACAGAGAAACAACUAUUCGUCCUGCAUUUUUGUAUAUUACAGAUAUUGCAAGCAACGUCCAGAAUACAGGAGAGUAUACCAUUGUGCCAUCACAAUAUAGAAAUAGAGAAAACACUUUCCUAACAGACAUCAAGUUCGGUUUCAUUCAAAUAAAUUUGACAGAUACUAUCCCAGUACAGUCUGAUUAUAACAGCGCUGCACAAUCGGUAGAAAUAAAUCCAGUAGUAUGGAGUAGACCCAUCCCUCUUGGUUGGUACUUCGGCUGGCAAUGGGAAAGACUUUACGGAACAAACUGGCCAGAAUAUUUGUGCAACGAUUGGCUGCGAACUGACAGAUACUUGAAGAACUUCGCACACGAACUACCCCAGUGUCCGUGUACUUUAGAACAAGCCCUAGCAGACAAAGGCAAAUACAUGCCUGAUUGGGAUUGUGACAAAGAUUCCAACCCCACUUGCUAUUACAACAACCAAGCUGUGCAUUGCGUUAAAACUGGAUCACCAACAUUGGAAGGUUCUGAGCAGCAAUGUUGCUACGACAAAAACCACUACCUUAUGCUUUCUUACGAUCAGCAGUGGGGUUCAAGUCCAAGGCGUUGCCACAAUUUAGGUCUCAUGCCUUACCAAGAAGCAACCAAGGUACCCACGCUAUCUCAAUGGUUUAACGAUGUUGUUCCCAAGUACCUGUGCUGUUUAUGGCAAGAUGAACAAGCCGUGGGAUGCGAAACAUUGAGAUUUGAAAGGAGACCUACUCAGGAUUGCGUAGCAUAUCAAGCACCAGGCGUUGCUGGUGUUUAUGGUGAUCCCCACAUUGUAACCUUCGACGAUUUGGAGUACACGUUUAAUGGAAAAGGAGAAUUUGUUUUGAUAAAGUCCAACGCCAGACUAGAUAACAUUGAAGUUCAGGGCCGAUUUGAACAGAUGGAUCCUAACCUAUAUGGUGAAGUUAGAGCGACUCAACUGACAUCUGUAGUAGCAAGAGGCAAUUCUUCUACUGUGGUAGAAGUUAGGAGAAGACCAGAAUACGCAAGAUGGAGAUACAGACUAGAUGUUAUAACAGAUGGAAAAAGGGUUUACUUUGACAGACCGUCCUUAAAAUUCCAACAUUUUCCUGGUGUGACCGUUUAUACUCCGACCUACAUUUUGAAUCAGUCUGAAGUGAUUAUGAUGUUUGACAAUGGAGUUGGAGUGGAGGUCUUGGACAAUCAAGGUUAUAUGACAGCCAGAGUAUAUCUGCCAUGGUCAUUCAUUAACAAAACCGCCGGUCUACUUGGAAAUUGGAGUUUUAAUAAAGAAGACGAUUUUACUUUACCCGAUGGCUCUAGAGUAAGCGUAGUUUCAAAUAUCAACGACAUGCAGAGAGUAUACACCGAUUUUGGAUCAAAAUGGAUGAUAGAUGAUGUAUUAGAUUCACAGAAAGGCAGAGCACUAUUCCUUCGAGAAAAUGGCUUGACUUCCUCAAACUACAACAAUCGUUCCUUCGUGCCGGUGUUUGUUAUGACUCCAGAAGAAAUUAUACCGGCAAACAGAUCCGAACAAAUUACGCGAACCUACGACGUGUGCAGCACAAAGAUGUACGAAUGUUACUACGAUUACGCAAUGACUCUGAACAGAGACCUGGCCCACUACACCCAAAACUACAAGGCUACGAUAUAUCAGCUUAAGGAGGUUUCUAGAACCAAGGUGGUGUCUUGUGGCAUCUUAGAGACGCCUAGGUUCGGAAGAAAGAGCACAUUCUUGUUUGUUCCCGGCACCAAAGUGACCUACGAGUGUAACCAAGACUUCGUUCUUGUGGGCGAUCCAAGGAGAACGUGUUUAGCUACAGGCCAAUGGGACACGCCCGAAUAUGGUUACACUUACUGUCUACGUCAACAAGAAUAUUCUCAACGCAACGCAGCCAUAACCUCAGGAAUAAUUUUUGCAGUACUCAUACCCUUAGUCUUAGUCAUAGUGUUUAUCGCCUUUAAGGUAUAUCAAAAGUACAUGAACUCGGACGAUAGUUCCUGGCAAUACGCCCAGAAACCCGCGCUGGCAGCAAGAAGCUUCAGUCCCACCGAGUCCAACAAGAGUCCACUGAGUGACACUUCGACAAGUAGCGUAUUUAAACCGCGCAUAAUGUACGAUAAGAGCUAUCGCACUCACGAGCCCCUUGUUGGACUCCCUGAAACCGAGUUUGAGUCGAAACAGGUCGAUCCUAACGAUGUGGGUUACGAAAUCGACAGGAAGUCGCUGAGUAGUCCGAAUAUUCCUGUCAGUCCUACUCCCAGUUCUGUUUCAUACACCAUGCCGUACCAACAAAAGCCCGAUAUAGUAAAUUAUGGUAGCAAACCAAAGUUAGAUUAUGGUUCUGAUGAUUAUGCCCAACCUUAUAAACCCACUAGUAGUUCCUCUGAUCCAGCAAGUCCUACUACUGGAAAAUUGUCACCCAUCACUUAUAGAGACAGGGUUGCUAGUAGAAGCAGUGUAAUUACUGAUGUUUAAAACAUUUUUUUUCCUGAACUUUUGAUAUAUCUUUAAAGCUUGAUUCCAAACGAAUAAAGAAAAGUAUAACAGCAUGUAGUAAUUAUAUUAAAAAUGCUUGUUUAACAGAGUUCUCGUAUUAUGAAUUUUUUAAGGGUCAGAGAAUUUUUUAGAUAGUACAAUGUGUCUAAUUUUUAUGGAGAGUUACAGGAUUUCUCGUUUAUGGGUAGAUGUACAUACAGAGAUCCUCUUUGCACUUUACUGUGCUACAUUUUUAUGAACCUUAAAGGUACGUGCACAAUGACUUUUUUUCUUGUCGCGCACACUGAGCCGAACCGAACGCGCCGCAUUAAGGAGGGCGCGCACUGAAUGGGUAUCGGCGCGAGCGAGUGGCACGUAAUCUUCAGUUUACGUUGAAAUAAAUGUAAGCCCGCGCACUGCAUUAGAUCGGUGCGCUUCGAGCUAUCGGCGCCAUUCGAGCUAUCGGCGCCAUUUGAGCUAUCGGCGCCAUCAGGCAAAAUCAGAGAAUGCAUGGGAGGGGGACGAAUAGUUUACGCCGAGCGACUGUUUUUAGUGGAGCGGUUUUACAUUAAACAUUUCCGAUGAAUUAACGGGAAAAUACGUAGUUUUUCAAGAAAAA